AUGGCUUUCCACCUUUCAAGCCUCUCCUCGCGGAUGAAGUCUGCCGCGAAGGUUCUACCGCCGAUUAGAGAUCCAUCUUUUGGCUCCCAUUUUGAUCAAUUUGGGAAUUACAAAGUUGUUCUAAUAGGUGACGGCAGCCAUGGUACUUCCGAGUUCUACCAGGCUCGUGCAGAAAUUACCAAACACCUUAUUUUACACCACGGCUUCGAUACAGUAGCUGUGGAAGCCGACUGGCCCGAUGCAGAAUCAGUCGAUCGAUAUGUGAGACAGCGUCCCGGUGUUAAGUCAAAACUAGAUCCGACGCCAGAACCGGCGUUCAGGCGUUUCCCAACGUGGAUGUGGCGGAACAAGGAGGUCCAAGAGUUUGUACAUUGGAUGAGGGACCAUAAUGAACGUCUCCCCAAAGAGCGACGAGCUGGCUUUUAUGGCCUGGAUUUAUACAGCAUGGCUCUAUCUAUUCAGGCGAUAAUCAAAUAUCUCGAUCGGGUCGACCCGCCUAUGGCCAAACUUGCGCGGCAGAAAUACGGUUGUCUGGAGGCCUGGGUCGAAGACCCAUCACAGUAUGGCCUUGCCGCACUGACUAGUCCACGGAUGGAAUCCUGCGAGACAAAGGUUAUCCAAAUGCUCCGCGACCUCCUCAAUAAGCGGUUAGAGUAUUCUGCGCAUGAGCAUAAUGGCGAGGAAUUUCACAGCUCUGAGCAGAAUGCCUACCUAGUUGCAGAUGCUGAGGCGUACUACAAAGCAAUGUACGUCAGGUCAGCGGAUUCGUGGUCUCUCAGAGACUCCCAUAUGUUUGAGACACUGCGCCGCUUGCUUAACGUCAAACCGGAGUCCUCCAAAGCGGUUGUUUGGGCACAUAACAGCCAUAUUGGCGAUGCUAGAUAUACAAGCAUGGGUACUCGGCGUGGCGAGCUCAACCUUGGCCAGUUGUGCCGCGAGAAUCUUGGGCAGGAGAAUGUUGUUCUUGUUGGCUGCUGCACACAUACAGGUACCGUUGCUGCUGCGCAUGACUGGGAUGAGGAUGUCCAAGUGAUGAAAGUAAAUCCAUCCCAGCCUGAUAGCUGGGAGUACGUGGCACACGAAACUGGCAUCCCAAGUUUUCUAUUGGACCUUCGACCUAAUCAUGCAGACCCCGAUCUCCGGCGAGCUUUGGCCCAGGAGCGAAAACAACGUUUUAUCGGGGUGGUAUAUCGGCCCUUAACCGAGGUCAUGUCUCAUUAUUCCUCAGCGUCUCUUUCUCGUCAAUUUGACGCCAUGGUGUGGUUUGAUGAAACUCGUGCCGUUACGCCUUUUGAGAUCGCACAGCCGCACACAGCUCUUGGUGUGGAUGAAACAUACCCGUUCGGCCUAUAA